CGGCGGCGGGUCUGAGAGCGGCAUUCGAGUCUCGGAGGUUCAAUAUGGCGGAGGACCGGCUGGACCCGGACUUGAAAUUCCUGUCGGUGGACAGGAACACGUUCAGCGACCCGGCGACGCAGGCCGAAUGGACGCAGAAGAGGCUGGUGUGGGUGCCGCACGAGAGCCACGGCUUCGUGUCCGCCUCGAUCAAGGGCGAGCGCGGCGACGAGGUCGAGGUGGAAAUCGUCGAGACCUCCAAGCGAUGCCUGGUGGCCAAGGACGACAUCCAGAAGAUGAACCCGCCCAAGUUCGACAAGGUCGAGGACAUGGCCGAGCUCACCUGCCUCAACGAGGCCUCCGUCCUGCACAACAUCAAGGACCGAUACUACUCGGGACUCAUUUACACUUAUUCGGGGCUUUUCUGCGUAGUGGUCAAUCCGUACAAGAAGCUGCCAAUUUACACAGAAAACAUUAUGGAGAGGUAUAAGGGCAUCAAGAGGCACGAAGUUCCGCCCCACGUAUUCGCCAUCACAGACAACGCUUAUCGCAGCAUGUUGCAAGACCGGGAGGACCAGAGCAUUUUGUGCACCGGCGAGUCUGGCGCGGGCAAAACGGAGAACACGAAGAAGGUGAUCCAGUACCUGGCCUACGUGGCCGCCUCGAAGCCCAAGGGCUCGGCCGCGGCGCCGCACACGGCUGCACCUGUCUUCAGCUUCGGAGAAUUGGAGCAGCAGUUGCUGCAAGCGAAUCCCAUUCUUGAGGCUUUCGGUAACGCCAAGACGGUGAAAAACGACAACUCAUCCCGAUUUGGCAAAUUCAUUCGAAUCAACUUUGACGCGAGCGGAUACAUCGCCGGUGCCAACAUCGAGACGUACCUGCUGGAAAAAUCGAGAACAAUACGACAGGCCAAAGAUGAGCGCACCUUCCACAUAUUCUACCAGCUGAUGACCGGCGCCACCCCCGAACAGAAGAAGGAGUUCCUGAUCGACGACCCCAAGACCUACUCCUUCCUGACCAACGGGCCGCUGCCCCUGCCGGGCACGGACGACGCAGGCGAGUACAAGGCCACGUGCCAGGCCAUGGGCAUCAUGGGCAUGACCCCCGAGGACCUUUCGGCCAUUUUGCGUAUUGUCUCGGCCACCAUGCUCUUCGGCAACAUGAAGUUCAAGCAGGAGAGGAACGCUGACCAGGCCACCCUUCCGGACAACACGGUUGCCCAGAAACUGGCUCACUUGCUCGGUCUCCAGGUUACUGAGAUGACCAAGGCCUUCCUGAAGCCCCGCAUAAAGGUGGGCAGGGACUUUGUUACCAAGGCUCAGACCAAGGAGCAGGCCGAGUUCGCCAUCGAGGCCAUCAGCAAGGCCUGCUACGAACGCAUGUUCCGCUGGCUGGUCAACAGGCUCAACAGGUCCCUGGACAGGACCAAGAGACAGGGCGCAUCCUUCAUCGGAAUCCUCGACAUGGCCGGCUUUGAAAUAUUCGACCUCAACUCUUUUGAACAGCUCUGCAUCAAUUACACAAACGAGAAGCUGCAGCAGCUGUUCAACCACACCAUGUUCAUUUUGGAGCAGGAAGAGUACCAGCGGGAAGGAAUAGAGUGGAAGUUCAUCGACUUCGGCCUCGACUUGCAGCCCACGAUUGACCUGAUUGACAAGCCAAUGGGCAUCAUGGCGCUGCUGGACGAGGAGUGUUGGUUCCCGAAGGCGACGGACAAGACGUUUGUCGAGAAGCUGAUCGGCACCCACUCUGUUCACCCCAAGUUCAUGAAGACCGACUUCAGAGGUAUUGCUGACUUUGCGGUUGUUCACUACGCUGGCAAGGUCGACUACAGUGCUGAGAAGUGGCUCAUGAAGAACAUGGACCCGCUCAAUGAGAAUGUUGUCUCACUUCUCCAGGCCUCGCAGGACCCGUUCGUGGUGCACAUUUGGAAGGACGCUGAAAUUGUUGGUAUGGCUCAACAAGCCAUGUCCGAAGGCACGCAGUUUGGCGCCCGCACAAGGAAGGGCAUGUUCCGCACAGUAUCCCAGUUGUACAAGGAGCAGCUGGCCAAGCUCAUGGUGACUCUCCGCAACACUAACCCCAAUUUCGUUCGCUGCAUCAUUCCUAACCACGAGAAGAGGGCCGGCAAAAUCGACGCGCCUCUGGUGCUCGACCAGCUGAGGUGCAAUGGUGUGCUCGAGGGCAUCCGUAUUUGCAGACAGGGCUUCCCCAACAGAAUUCCAUUCCAGGAAUUCAGACAACGAUAUGAACUUCUCACACCAAAUGUGAUUCCCAAGGGUUUCAUGGAUGGAAAGAAAGCCUGCGAAAAUAUGAUCCACGCUCUGGAGCUGGACCCCAAUUUGUAUCGUGUAGGACAGAGCAAAAUUUUCUUCCGUGCUGGAGUGCUGGCUCACCUUGAGGAAGAGCGAGACUACAAAAUUACAGAUCUUAUUGUUAACUUCCAAGCUUAUUGCCGCGGUUUCCUUGCUAGAAGAAAUCAUAUCAAACGCAUGCAACAGUUGAACGCUAUCCGUAUUAUUCAGCGCAACUGCGCUGCUUACCUGAAACUGCGCAACUGGCAGUGGUGGCGCCUCUACACAAAGGUCAAGCCACUGCUGCAGGUGACCAAGCAGGAGGAGAAGCUGGUGCAAAAAGAAGACGAGUUGAAACAGGUGCGCGAAAAGCUGGAGACGGAGCUCAAAGUUGGGCAGGAGUUCCAGCGCAAGUACGAGCUGGCCAUCGAGGAGAAAAACACCCUGGCCGAACAGCUGCAGGCUGAGACCGAGCUGUGCGCCGAGGCCGAGGAGAUGCGGGCGCGUCUGGCCGCCAGAAAGCAGGAGCUGGAAGACAUUCUGCACGAGCUGGAGGCGCGCAACGAAGAGGAGGAGGAGCGCAACGUCCAGCUCAACAACGAAAAGAAGAAGCUGCAGUUGAACAUCCAGGACUUGGAGGAGCAACUCGAGGAAGAGGAGGCCUCCAGGCAGAAGUUGCAGUUGGAAAAGGUCACUCUGGACGCCAAAAUCAAAAAGCUUGAGGAGGAGGCGGCCGUGUCCGAAGACACCAACCAGAAGCUGCAGAAGGAGCGGAAACUACUCGAAGAGCGGGCGGCGGACCUCAGCCAGACCUUGGCCGAGGAGGAGGAGAAAGCCAAGCACUUGGCCAAACUCAAAACCAAACACGAGUCUACCAUCAGCGAGCUUGAGGAAAGACUCAUCAAGGAGCACCAGGCGCGUCAGGAGAUGGACAGAAACAGACGCAAGCUUGAAACUGAACUUGGUGACCUGAAGGAGCAAAUGGGCGAGCGAAAGGCUCAGGUGGAGGAGCUGCAAUUGGUGCUGGGCAAGCGCGAGGAGGAGUUGGCGGGCGCCAUGAUGCGCAUUGACGAAGAGGCCGCCGGCAAGGCCCAAAGCCAGAAGGCCCUUCGAGAACUCGAGUCCCAACUGACCGAGCUGCAAGAGGACUUGGAGGCCGAAAAGGCGGCCAGGGCCAAGGCAGAGAAGCAAAAGCGCGACCUGAACGAAGAGCUCGAGGCUCUGAAGAACGAACUGCUGGACUCGUUGGACACGACGGCCGCCCAGCAGGAGCUGCGGUCCAAGCGAGAGGCAGAAUUGUUGCAGUUGAAGAAGAGCCUGGAGGAGGAAACUGGGUCGCACGAGUCCCUGUUGGCUGAGAUGCGGCACAAGCACGGCCAGGAAGUGGCCGCACUGCUUGAACAGCAAGAGGUCAUCAAGCGGAACAAGGCGGCCGCGGACAAGGCCAAGCAACAACUGGAGGCAGAAAACGCCGAUUUGGCCACCGAACUUAAAACGGCCGCGGCCAACAGGCAGGAGAGUGAGCGCCGUCGCAAACAGGCCGAGGCCCAGUUGGCCGAGCUGGCCGCCAAGUUGACCGACUCGGACAGGGUGAGGCAGGAGUUGGCCGAGAGGACCACCAAGGCGGCCACGGAGGCCGAGUCUGUUGCCCAGCAGUUGAAGGAGGCUGAGCUGCGCGCCUCUGCCUCUGUGAAGGCGGCCGCCGCCAUGGAGGGCCAGCUGAGUGAGGCGCAGGCCCUGCUCGAGGAAGAGACCAAAGCCAAACUGGCGCUCAGUUCCAAGCUGCGGCAGUUGGAGGCCGACAAGGAGGCGCUUCAGGAGCAGAUCGAGGAGGAGGAACAGGCCAAGCGCAACCUGGAGAAGCAGGCGGCCACCGCCCUCUUGCAGGCCCAGGAGGCCCGCAAGAAGGCCGAGGAAGAGGCCGAAAACGUGCUGGUCCUCGAAGAGCAGCGCAAACGCCUUGUUAAAGAACUCGAGGCUGUGCAGCGGUUGGCCGAGGAGCUGCAGGCGGCCAACGACAAACUGGACAAGUCCAGGAAGAAGCUGCAAGCCGAACUCGAGGACGCCACCAUCGAUCUCGAGACUCAGCGUGGCAAGGUUGUUGAACUGGAAAAGAAACAGAGGAACUUCGACAAAGUGCUCGCUGAAGAAAAGGCUGUAGCAGAGCAAAUCGCGCAGGAGAGAGACAGUGCCGAGCGGGAAGCCAGGGAAAAAGAAACCAAGGUGCUAAGCCUCACCAGAGAGCUCGAAGAAAUGCUGGAGAAAGUCGACGAGCUCGAAAGAGGCAAACGAAUGCUGCAGUCGGAAUUAGACGAGCUGGCCAAUACUCAGGGUACUGCAGACAAAAAUGUACAUGAGCUUGAAAAGGCAAAGCGGGCGCUAGAAAUCAUGUUGACGGAGCAGAAGGCGCAGAACGAGGAGCUGGAGGACGAACUGCAGCUGACUGAGGACGCCAAGCUGCGGCUGGAGGUGAACAUGGAGGCAAUGCGCAAGCAAUUCGAGCGCGACCUUCAGGCCAAGGAGGAGCAGGCCGAGGAAAAGAGGCGGGCCCUGGUGAAGCAGUUGCGAGACGUGGAGGCCGAGUUGGAGGACGAAAGGAAGCAACGGGCCGCGGCGGCCGUGGCGCGCAAGAAGCUUGAGGCCGACUACAGCGACCUGGAGCAGCAACUCGAGAUGGCCAACAAGAUCAAGGAGGACGCCCUGAAGCAGCUGAAGAAGCUGCAGGCGCAGGCCAAGGACUGGCAACGCGAGGCCGAGGAGGCGCGCGCGGCCAGGGACGAAUUGGCCGCCCAGGCCAAGGAGGGUGAGCGCAAGGUCAAGGGUCUUGAGGCCGAACUGGCGCAGAUCACUGAAGACCUGGCCGCCGCCGAACGCGCCAGACGAGCUGCCGAAAGCGAAAGGGAUGAAAUGGCCGAGGAGCUCGGAAGUAACGCUUCAAGGGGAGGAGCCCUGCUUGACGAAAAGAGGAGACUCGAGGCCAGAAUCACUGCCCUGGAGGAGGAGCUCGAGGAGGAACAGAGCAACUCCGAGCUCUUCAUGGACAGGGCGAGAAAAGCGCAACUGUCUGUGGAGCAGUUGACGACAGAGCUGGCGGCCGAGAGGAGCGUUUCGCAGAAGCAGGAGAGCCAGCGGGUGCUGCUGGAGCGGCAGAACAAGGAAUUGCGCGCCAAGCUGGCCGAGAUGGAGACGAACCAGCGGACCAAGACGAAGGCGACCGUGGCGGCGCUUGAGGCCAAGAUCGUCAACCUGGAGGAGCAACUGGAGGUAGAGGCCAAGGAGCGGCUGGUGCAGCAAAAGGCCACCCGCAAGCUGGACAAGCGGCUCAAGGAGAUGGCGCUGCAGCUGGAGGACGAGCGGCGGCACACGGACCAGUUCAAGGAGCAGGUCGAGAAGGCCAACGCCAGGGUCAAGGCCCUCAAGCGCCAGCUGGACGAGGCCGAGGAGGAGAUCAGCCGCGAAAAGGCCCAGAAGAGGAAGGCCCAGCGCGAGAUGGAGGACAUGGCAGAGAGCAAGGACACCAUGGACAGGGAGAUCCAGAAUCUGAAGAACAAAUUGAGACGGACCGGGGGACUGGGUGGACUGAGCAGUUCAAGACUGGGAGGCGCCAAACGGGGCUCGAUCCAGGCCGGAGGAAGCGACGACUCGAUGGCCGCGCCCAGCCAAGACGAAUCGGUGGACGGCGAGGAAGCGUCCAACUAAGCAGUGAUGAAGCAUUCCCGUGUCUUUUUGUAUUUAAAUUUACAUCGAUAACCGUUCAAUUACCCAUCAGUUAUUAAUUAUGUUAAUUGACUAACAGGGGCAAUAAAUAUUCACAUUUGCAUUAAAACAUAGAAAAAAACACAGAAUUUUCAUUUA